GCUGCCCCGCUCUUUGCUGAGGCGGGAAGGAAUUGCACUCUUGGAAGCGGUGCUCUGAUGUCACUUCCGGUGCCGGAACCGGCCUCAGUACGGACAGGAGCCCUUUAGAACGGCGGCAGCGUGGGGUCAGUAUUCGCGGGGAGGCGUUUUGUGUCGGUAGUGGGAUUCUGGGAGGCGAGGGGCCGCACCGCGCAGUAUCAAGUCUCGGAUCUGAAUGAUCGGCGCCGCUGGAAGAGAACACAGGACAUAAGACCAGCUCUGCAUUAGCCACGUCUGUACCACGGACCCACCAUGGUCUUCUACUUCACAAGCAAUGUUAUUUCCCCGCCCUACACUAUGUACAUGGGCAAGGACAAGUAUGAGAAUGAAGACCUGAUAAAGUACGGCUGGCCGGAGGAUAUCUGGUUCCACGUGGAUAAACUCUCAUCCGCCCACGUUUAUCUCCGGCUACAAAAGGAUCAGACGAUAGAGGACAUCCCCAAGGAAGUGCUAUUGGACUGCGCCCAGCUGGUAAAGGCCAACAGCAUACAAGGCUGCAAGAUGAACAACAUCAAUGUCGUGUACACGCCGUGGGCCAACCUGAAGAAAACUGCCGACAUGGACAUUGGCCAGAUAGGAUUCCACCGGCAGAAAGAUGUAAAGACCAUGACGGUGGAGAAGGUGAGCAAGAUAGUGAACCGCCUAGAGAAAACGAAAGAUGAGCGAUUCCCCGACCUGGCGGCAGAGAAGGAGGCGCGGGACCGAGAGGAGCGGAACGAGAAGAAAGCGCAGAUACAGGAGAUAAAGAGGAAAGAGAAGGAGGAGAUGAAAAAGAAAAAGGAAAUGGAUGAACUCAGGAGCUACUCUUCCCUCAUGAAAUCAGAGAACAUGUCGUCCAAUCAGGAUGGAAAUGACUCCGAUGAUUUCAUGUAGUCGCCGCUGCCGCCACAACGGAACAGAACUGGUUACCAGGGGUCUCGACGCCGCCGAUAUCGGCAAACACGGAGUUAACUCUACAUCAUGCUUUGCCGCUCCAGCCUGGCUCCUCAUUCAUGGCUUCAGCCUCGGGGAACGGGGUGCAGAAGAGACCCCCCCACAUUUGUUGAUCAUCCAUUUGUUACAGUAGAGUUGGGGGGGAGGCACGCGGAAUUGUAUACACAGGGAUCACUAGUGACUGUGCCUUGUGCCUGCCCCGGUGCAUUAUGGGUCAGCCGUGCUUGCCUGGAUGGGACAUCCUGAUUGGAUAGCUGAUCGUUGCCUCCCCGCCGCCAUAUACAGACGCAGCAUUUCCCAGCAGCCCCCCCUGGAUUCCCGCAGUGAGAGCUUUAAAGGGACUUUGGGAACAUCGGAAUUCUAUUUGCUCAAAGUCUUGGUGGGACCUGAGUCCCCUUAGCUCCUCCCCUGAAACUGCCGAUUCCUUCCGUAUUCCUGCUUUGGUUAUCCAGCCGCCCAAUGAGGCCUCACCGGGAAAUAAAGGCAACACUCGUACAUUCA